AUGUCCGAAUCAUCAAGACUAAAGAACACAAUCUACGUCGGAGGCCUUGACCAAAGCGUCACACUUCGUACCCUGACAGAGGCCUUCCUCCCCUUUGGUGAAAUUGCAGAUAUCUCGCUCCCCAAGCCCGAAGCUCCUUCCUCGACCGAUCUGCACCGGGGCUUCGGAUAUGUCGAGUUCGAAGACCCCCAGGAUGCCAAGGAAGCCAUUGAUAAUAUGGACCAGAGCGAGUUGUACGGACGUAUAAUUAAAGUUGCCGCGGCGAAGCCGCAAAAGGAUAGUAAUGAGGGCCUGGGGAGUAAGACUGCUAUUUGGCAACAGGAGGGCUAUCUGGCUCAACAUGCGGUCAGCGAAGAGGACAGAGUCGCUACUGGGCAGGGCGGAACGGGAUCGAGUAACAGCCGGCCUGAAGAUCCCAUGCAGGGCUUGGAGGGACUGGACGUCGCUGGCCCAAAGCCCGAAUAA